AUGCAUAUCAAGCUUGGUGAAGGUGGUUUUGGUUCUGUUUAUAAGGGUAUAUUGAGCAAUGGAAUGGCAAUUGCAAUUUUGGUAUGGCUAGAAUGUUUGGUGGAGACCAAAUUGAAGCAGUUACGAAUCGUGCUCGCCCGAACAACAAAAAUUGCUGCUUCUGUUUCUGCACUUAUUGUUGGUGCAAUUAUAUAUGGUGUUACCAGCCUGGAAAGAAUGAGUUUAUUUAUGGUAUCACAGUCUCAGCUACAGCAGCAGAAACAACAUGUUGGUGACCAAAGUCAUCUAUACGAAAGUUUCAUCCUUCUGAUGAGCAGCAUUGCACUGUGUAUAGCCCAAAACAAACCGCCGGCAGUAUCUCAGUCUGGACUACCGAAUGCUCCUGAGGGCCAACAGGCAUUCUACCGAACUCAGGAUCCUGGCACAUAUACUCAUCCGGUUCUUGAGACUGCUGUCAUUGAAACACUGACAGCUUAUGGUCAUUUUGGUGAUGCAGUUCAUUUGGAUACUACAUGCAGAGCUAACCAAUAUAGAGUGUCAUUUGCUCUUUUUACUGGAACAUUUCUCAUGGCAAUGAGUGACCGACAACCUGUCUCAAUAAUUACUGAUCAAGACAGGGCCAUACAGAAGGCAAUUUCACAGAAACCAUCGAGGAGUUUGAAUCAUCUUGUAAUGUCUGCAGAUACAUUUGAUGAUACAGAAGUCAAUAAUAUCAGUUUGAAGAUUAGUGAUUCACUGGGAGAUUUGACUAAAUCUCCAACCACUAGAAGUUCUCAUGUUUAUGAUGGCAGUGUCUCUCCUAAUGAUGUGAUGGACGAGCGGUCGCUCGUGUUUCAGAUAAUGAUACCCAUAUCUCUUUACUUCACAAUGGAGUUGGUUAGUUUGGGCCAGUCAUACUUCAUGAUUGAAGACAUGGAUAUGUAUGACCCUAGCUCUGGAUCAAGGUUUCAGUGUGGAUCAUUAAAUAUAAAUGAAGAUUUGGGUCAAAUACGCUAUGUAUUUUCAGACAAGACAGGAACACUAACAGAAAACAAGAUGGAAGAAGAAUUAUGGGAGCUUCUUGUGACUUGUGGCACGGUGGAGGCACGAAGCAUCGUUGAACCUAUCCGAAAUAUCAGCAGAAAGAGUGGUUUAGAUGUUCAAUUCAGUGAAGCUGAGUGCUAUAAGAUUGAUCCAGAGAACAACAAAGUUUACUGCAGAGCUAGUCAUGACAAAAAGCUUGGUGGCACAGAAGAAUUUUCACUUGAUUAUGAUUACUUAGUAAUAGCUAUGGGAGCUCGUUCUAAUACAUUUAAUACACCUGGUGUUGAGGAACAUGCCUACUUCUUGAAGGAAGUGGAAGAUGCUCAAAGAAUCCGGCACAAAGUGAUUAACCUUUUUGAAAGAGCAAGCCUUCCUUGUGUACCGGUGGAAGAGAAGAAAAGGCUUCUCAGUUUUGUAAUUGUUGGUGGUGGUCCAACUGGUGUAGAGUUUGCAGCAGAGCUAUAUGAUUUUGUGCAUGAAGAUCUGUCAAAGUUAUAUCCUUCUCUUAAAGACCAUGUCAAGAUUACUCUCCUCGAGGCUGGUUAUCAUAUCUUAAACAUGUUUGACAAGAGAAUAACCGAAUUUGCUGAAGAAAAGUUCAAAAGAGAUGGAAUUGAUGUGAAAUUAGGAUCUAUGGUUGUGAAAGUUGGUGAAAAAGAAAUCUCAUCAAAAGAAAGAGGAAGUGGUGAAGUUGCUACAUUACCUCAUGGGAUGGUAGUUUGGUCCACCGGUAUCGGUGCUCGUCCUGAAGUAGUUGAUUUUAUGAAGCAACUUGGUCAGAUUAACAGACGUGCAUUGGUGACCGAUGAAUGGCUGAGGGUGGAAGGGUGCGACAACAUCUAUGCUCUAGGUGAUUGUGCGACUAUUAAUCAACGUAAAGUUAUGGAAGAUAUAGCCGUGAUAUUUAGCAAAGCAGACAAGGAAAAUACCGGUAUGUUAGAUCUUAAAGAAUUUCAAAACGUUGUUGGAGAUAUUAUUGAGAGGUAUCCACAAGUGGACAUUUAUUUAAAAAGUCAAAUGAAAGACAUGGCUUCUUUGCUAAGUAAAUCUCAGGAAAGCCCUACUACAGUUGUGGACAUUGAAUACUUUAAACAAGCUCUUUCCAAGGUUGAUUCUCAGAUGAAAAAUCUUCCCGCAACAGCUCAGGUAGCUGCUCAACAAGGAACCUAUCUCGCAGACUGUUUCAAUCGUAUGGAAUUGUGUGAGAGGUAUCCGGAAGGCCCUCUAAGGUUUAGAGGAACAGGACGCCAUCGGUUUCGUGCUUUCAGGUACAAGCAUUUUGGACAAUUUGCUCCUCUUGGCGGAGAACAAACUGCGGCUCAGCUUCCAGGAGAUUGGGUUUCAAUUGGUCAUAGCAGUCAGUGGUUGUGGUAUUCAGUAUAUGCAAGCAAACAAGUCAGCUGGAGAACAAAGGCUUUGGUGAUAGCUGAUUGGGGAAGACGAUUCCUAUUUGGCAGAGACUCAAGUCAAAUCUGAGAUCUAGUUCGAAGCUUGAACAACAUUUAAUAGCAUACUUUAUAAGUAUUUUGUUGGCACUGCAAUCCACAUUACUGAACAGUAACUUGAUCCUUGUUUUUAUUUUGUACUUUUGGUAGUGACUUGGAUUUAAGUAUGGAA